CUCAUUCUCUCAGUGUCACCCGCCUCACCCAUUCUCUCAGUCUCACCCGCCUCACCCGCCUCCCUCACCCGCAGUUUCUGUCUCUUUCUCUCAUUCUCUCAGUCUCAAUUUUUCUUUUACUCUCUCUUCUCUCAUAUUCUUACACCCACUUUUUCUCUGUUUUUCUUCCACACCAAUGUGGUCUUCUAGUGUUGUUCCAAGGGAAUUUUCGCUGUUUGCCUUUCUUCUUGCGGUGGGUUUUGGAUUUCUGAGUCUGUGUUGGAAAUAUAUGCUAUGGCCCUUUUGUAAAGCUUCCCAGUGAUUGUCAAGAACUAUCUCUCUGUUGCAUUUAUUAUUUAUCUUUUCUGGAUUCUCGCCAUUGUUGAAGUGAAUAUCUUCUUGUUGCCUGUGUGGAAGGAGGGAGGGGAAGUCAGCGUGGAAAUUUUUUGAUACAACAUCUUGUUAAUUCUAGCUGCACAUGUUGGACUACCAAGUUAAAUGAACCAGUUUGAAAAGCUUCCAGUGGGUGCAGAUCAGGAACUAAAAGUCAAAUGCAAAGAGUGUGGUGUGGUGUAUAUGGCUAAUAGUAAUAAUGAGAUUAGAAGCAUGCGACGUCACAUGCAAUCAUGUGUAUGUAGAGACACGCGUAACGUAGGCCAACUAUUGAUAUCGCAAGACAAAGGGACUUUAGCAUUGAGUGCGAAGAGGUUUGAUGCUGAACACUCUCGUGAAUUGAUAACAACAGCAAUCAUUUUGCAUGACCUUCCAUUCUCCUUUGUUGAAUAUGAAGCUGUUAGGGCGACUUACCAAUAUUUGCAUCCUGAGAUAACUUUGGUAACUAGAAAUACUUUAAAGGCAGAUGUCCAAACAAUGUUUUCUCGGGAAAAAGCAAGAAUAAAAUCUAUGUUAGACUUGAGCCCCGGUAGAAUUUGUUUGACAUCUGAUUUGUGGACUUCCAUAGUUGCAGAUGGAUAUUUGUCAUUAACUGCCCAUUUUAUUGAUAAAGAUUGGGUAUUGCAAAAGAGGAUUUUGAAUUUUUGCUUCAUGCCAUCACCACAUACUGGUAUUGCAUUGUCUGAAAAAUUUUAUGCAUUAUUGUGUGAGUGGGGAAUUGAAUACAAGGUUUUCACUCUUACUUUGGACAAUGUCUCUGCUAAUGAUGUGUCUGUUGAUCUGUUGAAAAAUCAGUUGGUUGAAAACAAUGCACUUAUUUCUGAUGGUUCUUUUUUUCAUAUUCGUUGUUGUGCCCGUGUUUUGAACCUUGUAGUUGAAGAGGGGUUGAAAGAUAUUGAUUCAGUGGUUAAAAAGAUUCGUGAGAGUGUGAAAUAUGUAAGAGGGUCCCAAAUUAGAAAGAAGAAGUUUUUAGAGUGUGUAAAUCUUAUGGGUCUUGAUUCUAAGAGAGGUUUGAGGCAAGAUGUACCUACAAGAUGGAGCUCAACAUUCCUCAUGCUUGACAGUGUCUUGUAUUAUCGACGAGCAUUUUGUCAUUUAGAAUUGAGUGAUUUUAAUUACAAGGACUGUCUUGAUCUAUAUGAAUGGGAAAAGGCCGAGAAAAUUUGUGAAUUUUUGGAACCCUUUUAUAAUAUCACUUGCGUUUUUUCGGGAGCUAAAUACCCCACUGCAAACUUGUAUUUUCCAACUGUGUACACAUGUUAUUUGUCAUUGAAGUCAUCUGAGAGAAGUGAAGAUGCAUAUUUGUCUGCUAUGGCAAAAGCAAUGCUUACCAAGUUUGAGAAGUAUUGGAAAGAUUUAAGUUUGAUAUUGGCAAUUGCGAUAGUGUUUGAUCCUCGUUACAAGUUGAAUUUUGUAGAUUAUGCUUAUGGCAAUGUUUAUGGAAUGAAAGGGUCACCUCAGUUUUUAGAAGUUAAGAGAAAUUUAGACUUGUUGUUUACUGAAUACUCUAGGGGCAAGGUUUUUACAACAAAUGUUGUGACUUCACUUCCUACUCCUAUUGCGCACAAAAGUUUUUACAGAGGCAAACCAAAGUAUUGAAGGAGUUCAACAACUUUGAAAGCCAAGAGCAAAAUGUUAUGCAGAAAUCAGAAUUAGAAGUUUAUUUGGAUGAGCUAAGAGUACAAAGGAGUGUUGAGUUGGAUGUUCUUGAAUUUUGGAAAGGAAACCAGUUUCGCUAUCCGGAGCUUUCUUACAUGGCUCGUGAGAUCCUAAGUAUCCCAAUAUCUACUGUAGCAUUUGAAUCUGUCUUUAGUGUUGGAGGACGAGUAUUGGAUCAAUAUAAGAGUUCACUUAAACCUGCCAUAGUUGAGGCAUUGGUGUGUACUAGGGAUUGGCUAUUUGGAGAUAAAG